UCCUUCCAUCCCGUCUCCCCCGCCGCAGCCUCCGCGGGCCGGACCGCGCAUGCGAACUAACGCCCCCACCGGCCCGGCGGAGGAGGAGGGAAUGGAAAUGAGGCUGGGCCCAGCAGCUAGCGCGCGCUCCCUCCCCUGCCCUCCCAUCUCAGGGCGCGCGCCGGGCGGUGCAGAGUCCGAAGGCAGCGCCGCAGUGGCCGCGGCCCCCGAGGGAGGGGCCCGGAGCCCCGCCCCCAGGGAGGAGCCGCCCGCAGGUCUCCCCUCUACCCUCCACGGUUCCAACUCCACGCAGGGGUUUAAAUUUAGUGACAAGAAGAAGGCAGUUCACGCGGCGUCAAUGGACUGAGACUAAGCCAAGAGCCGGGCCCUCCCUCUAGGUUUCUGGGCCAGCAAGAUGCUGGAGCGGGACGCUGAGUCUGUGGCCCGGGGCACCGAUCCUAGUCCCACUGGCAAGGAGCCUGUGACCAAAGGAGAAGCUCCCUACCAGGGCUCGCCGCAGAAGCCCAGCCAGUUGGUUCCAGGGCCCGCCACGUCUGCGGGGGCGCCUUCCCAACCCCGCCGGCGGCCCCCGCCCCAGCGCCCGCACCGCUGCCCCGACUGUGACAAGGCCUUCUCGUACCCUUCCAAGCUGGCCACGCACCGGUUGGCACACGGCGGCGCCCGCCCCCACCCAUGCCCCGACUGCCCCAAGGCCUUCUCCUACCCCUCCAAGCUGGCAGCCCACCGCCUCACGCACAGCGGCGCCCGUCCGCACCCGUGCCCGCACUGCCCAAAGGCCUUCGGCCACCGCUCCAAGCUGGCAGCCCACCUCUGGACCCACGCGCCCACCCGCCCCUACCCGUGCCCCGACUGCCCCAAGUCCUUCUGCUACCCCUCCAAGCUCGCGGCCCACCGCCAUACGCACCAUGCCACCGACGCCCGUCCCUAUCCUUGCCCGCACUGCCCCAAGGCUUUUUCAUUCCCCUCCAAACUGGCCGCCCAUCGCCUAUGUCACGACCCCCCGACGGCGCCGGGUAGCCAGGUCACCGCCCGGCAUCGCUGCUCCAGCUGCGGCCAGGCGUUUGGUCAGAGACGCCUCCUACUCCUUCACCAACGCAGCCACCACCAGGCCGAGAGCCCAGGGGAGCGGGAGUGAACCCUCCCUUUGGCUCACAGGCUCCCUGUGCUGCCAGCCCCAGUCAAUAAAGAGGUGGCAUCUCUGA